GUUCUUUUAUUUUUCUUUUUUAAAAAAAAAGGUCGUCGAUGGUCAGCAGUAGCAACGCCAUGGCGCUUGACACACAUUCAGGCGAUUCAUCCACAAUUCAAAACACGGAGAAAACUUCCACAGUAUCAAACAACGACAAGCAGCAACAACAACAGCCAGGUACUGCGUCUGUCGAUUCUGGACCGGUACAAGCGUAUGCCAAGCUUGAGGGAGAAGAAUAUUGUUACUACAUUCGUACACUUCAGGUUACAAUGGGACGACAAAUGACCCGCCCCAACACUGUGGAUAUUCCUCUCGGUAAUGCCAAAUCGGUAUCCAGACAACAUGCACGCUUGUUCUAUAACUUUGCGACACAGCGUUUUGAGAUCAUGGUUUUCGGAAAGAAUGGCGCAUUUAUCAAUGAACAAUUUAUUGAACGUGGUGUCACUGUACCGUUAGAAAAUCGUACCAAGAUACAGAUAGGAGAAACGACGUUUCUGUUCUUACUUCCGCGAGUGAGCCACCCAACAUCUACGUCCACUUCGUCAUCAAGAGGAGGAGGUCCAGGAGCAGGUCCAGGAUCAGGAAACACUGAUAAUACAGGAUAUAUUUCGACGCCCCAGUUGGAAAAGUCAAACUCGGCUUCACGCUUGAAUGAUGUAGAAGACGAUCCUUCCGUAUAUGCUACAAACAAGGACGUAAAGCCGCCCUAUUCAUACGCGCAUCUGAUCGCUCAAGCUAUCAACUCUACCGAAGACAAACGCAUGGCACUACAUGAGAUAUACAAUUACAUCACGACUCAUUUUCCGUACUAUCAAAUGGCUCAGAAUGGAUGGCAGAACUCAAUAAGGCACAAUCUAUCCUUGAACAAGGCAUUUGUCAAAGUUCCCCGGGGAGAUGCUGAACCUGGAAAGGGCGCAUUUUGGACGAUUGAUCCUAAAGCAGAUAUGCAGCUCUUGACGGGCAAUGUCAACAAACGUACAAACAAGCGCCCUUCUGGCUCAGCUAAAGGGUCGCCUGCAGAUAAUGGAAGCCCGGGGAUCGAGUCGCCGCAACGGAAACGGUCAAAGAAGGAUACUUCGGAUAACGAAGAGGAGGACUCAACAAGCUCAAAAGUACAGCGACUACAAUCACCAUCUUCACCGUCAUCAACCUCGUCUCAACCUACUGUUACUCCUGCUUCAACUUCUACCGAAAAGACACCCACCGCUACGCCUGCCACUACCACCGCCAAUACUGUUACUGCUGUAUCAAACAAUACCGCUUCCACUCCAUCAUCAUCGCCAUCGCAACCCGCAAUUACAAACACCACCGUUACCUCGAUUGCUGGUGCUGCGUCUGUUGCCACCAUUACUGCUGUCAAAAAAUCAUCAUCACCCGCGCCAUCAUCUUCCACAUCAAACAGCACCGCUCCACUAAACACAGCAGCAUCGCCCGGCUCUCAGCAAAACAUUCAAGCACAGAUUCAGCUGCAACUGCAAGCUACUAUUCGACAACAUUUACUAGAUCCUAUGCGAUACCCUCUCCCACCAUCCAUUGCACAACUCUUACCCCAAGCAAUUGCACAGCUGCCUCCACACCUUGCCAACCAAUUUUCAGCUACGCUUCAAACUGCCUUAAGAGCGCAUAACAACUCAAACUCCAGCGGAACGAAUUCAUCUACACCAGCAUCAACAUCUUCAUCAACACCGCCUACAUUGGCGGCAGCAGCAGUAGCAGCCUCAGCGACUGAAAGUAUGGGAACAUUUCCUGCUGCAGCAACUACACCCGAUGCGUCACCGCCUGCACCAUCAUUACAACAGCCGCAGCAGCCCACACCCUCACCAUCCAAAGAAUCUUAACUAUCUUGUUUAUUCAAUAACUCACCUGUAAUAAAAGCUAGCUUGCUGUGGUAUGGUGAUGAGUAUAUUAGCUCCCAUUUCUUCCUACCAAUAGUUUGUUGUAAUAAAUUAAAAGAUACCGCUUCUACUCAACUGCAUUAUAUAUUUAUGAAAAUAAACAUUUACUACUACAUAUAUUCUUG